ACCUCGAGGUCUGCCUGUUGCGCUGCCAUCCCUGUCACUCCCCAGGCUUCCGCCACCUCAGCCAUUGUGGCAUCCUUGGUCAUUAUGGAGGAGGUCAAAGAAUUCGGAUGCCCUGACAAGCUCCUAACUGAGGAAGAUCUCAUCAUUCUCAAGUUGGACAAGCCGUGCUCCCAACCCCGCCCAGACAACCUUACCGUAGACUCCACCGGUUAUCUUGUCAGCAUGAACCAAAAGCAUUUCAUCGGUUGCGAGACGUUCCUCGGCAAGCAGCACAUCUCUUCAGCUCUCUUCGCUGGUUGUUCAGCAUUCGACUCUUCCAAAAGAUUUGAGAAAGCGGCCGAGCUGAUCCUAAGGAACGUACGCACCCUAGUGGUACUUCACAAUAGGAACCUCAUCUGUGACCUCUACUCCAAGUCUGAGCACAUGACCUCACUCGUGCUGCCUCACAACCUCAGGGUUCAGACCGCCAACGACUCGUCUUGGAGCCCAUCCAAAGGGAAGUCUUCGAAGCUGACGAAGCUGGUCGGAACUAUGCCUGCCAUAGGAAUCGAUCAUCUUCUGAUCGACUUCAUACCUACGGCGCAGGCUGUUCACCACUGUCCUGGCCUCAGCUGGAUUCAAGCACCCAUGGACGCGCUACUCUUCACGCCGCCUCCAGAGGUCGCUCACAUUAUACGGGAAACGCCCGCCGUGAGCAAAAGGCACGUUAUCCUGGGAUCCCACAUGAAGACAUUGGACGGAAAACACUUCGUCAUUAAUGCGGAACCGGAAGCUGUCGUUUGCGCGCAGCAACUUUUCCCGAGCGUGUAUCAGCUCGAAGUGACUUCAGGAGACCCAGAAUCUUUGUUGUUGAUCGCCCAUUUCAAAGACGUUCGCCGCCUUUCCAUAACGGCUUCAUUCCAGCCGUGCUAUUUUCACCAGUAUGCCUCGGAGCUGCUCCGGAAAUUCCAGCUCGAAGAACUUUCGCUGGAGAACUUUGAGGAUGUUCCACUCUCUAGCCUAGCUAUCUUCUGCGGGAAUCUUUCAAGCCUCAGUGUCAAACACUGCACGAUUAAGGAAUGUGUUCCUCUCCCUGCAAGUUUUCCCGAUUUGACCUACCUUCUCCUUGGAAACAUGAUCAUCACGGAGGUAGGUUUGCGCGCACUUUUAUCGGGGUGCAAAAACUUGGUUACUUUGCAGAUCAAUGAUCCAAAAAUGACUGUAAUUGUAAAACUUGUACCAGAGCUACGUCUGGAGAAGUUGGAACGACUCGUGUUGAAGACGAACCAAACCCUUUCAAGCUCCGAUGUCGGCGUUGAUGACUUGAAGGGCUUUCUCGCGAGUCUGCCAUCUUUGCGCUACCUGGCGACGGACCGUUACGGCCUCCGCUUGUUCUUCGAGACCCAUGCCCCACAUGUCACGCUCGCUUGGGCUAGUUGCACAAUUUGCACUGCCCACUUCCCGAAGGUAAAUGAGUUACAGAAAGGCAUAUGGGCGGAACUCAUGCUUAAGGGUGACGAUAGCAGUUGAAAACAGACUUGAAUGAGCUAACCGUUUGAAAGUAUUAUAGCGCGGUAACGUGAGCUGGCGGCGUUCAGACCAAGUUGGCACAAAGGCCAUGCGGACAGCCCCGGGUAUGUUAAAGGGACCGAGCAACGAUAUUGUGUAAAAAUGUUUCUCCCUUUACUCAAUCCUAGUGGCAGUGGGGAGUCCCAACUAUACUCGCACGCAACGCCACUGACCAAAAAGCACAUUUUUCGCCGCGUAAAGCCCGACUCAGGUUGCGCGCUUUUCCUUGCGAUUUCGCAGUUGCGACGAGGCUCGUGCGGCAGAAAACACGCAUCGGAUAUGGUGUGGUUCCCAACGUCACAGCUGCGAAAUCGCAAGCAAAAUCGAACCAUGUGAGUCAGGCUUAACUCUGGUAAAAGCUGACUUUCUCUUUCAGCCUCUCCUUCGCAAAACUUGAUGACGAAGUUGUGGGAAUUAUCAUUUUUGCCGUUUUCAACAAUGCGAUCCUCGGGAUUUCGUCAUCGAGCUUUCUGCUUCUCGCGGUGACGACAUUUAAAUGCGGCUCAUAGAGUGGACGCGAGCACCUCGUAACAAUCAAUGCCUCGAUAGAGUGUACGAUAAAGUGCGAGUGGGGUCACCGGAGUGCUAUUUCUGCACCUCCGUAAGUGUAAAAAAGAAACGGCUUGCAUUAGUGUUUUUUUUUUUUUUAUGAAAAACGUUUUGCGUUCAAACGCCAAGCCGCCGGCACACUGUUCAAGGUCAUAAAAACAAUACAACACCGGGCAAUAUUUUUAUACAACCUAGACGCCAGGCGUCACGUCAAAACAUAACGCCACCACGACCUGUCUUGUGGUCACAACGCCAUGCGACGUAACGACGACGACGCAUUGACGGGUACUAAAACUCUCAACACGGGCUUUUGAACUUUCUGACUUGGGCAACUCGAUGUUUUCAAGCGGUUGCAUUAUAUCACCGAAGACGGUCUCAUUUUAGUUGUCUGCUGUGAUACCCAAGUUUUUAGGCAAAUCGGGGACUGUGAAGAAAACGGCAGAGUACCCCUUUAACGCGCGUUUUAUAGGCUGGGAACGUUGAAGAAUAAUUCUUAAUGGUAACUGAAAAUACAGAAUUUUUGCAACGCACCUAUAAGCUGUUAAAAAGAGGUUAGUAGGAACUGUCACGCUUUCUAUUGUCGCAAUGCAUGUGACAAUCGGCAGAGUUCUGGGAGGCACCCCAUGCGGUUUUUUAUCCCUUUUGGCUAGCAUAGCUAGACCAACUGGCCACUGAACGCAAUUUGACUGGCCUUAAAUUGGCUAGUCAAAAAACGAUUAAGCGGUUAUUGUGUUUGUACGUGUCCAACGAUGACGAGAGACAUGAAGGGGAGAAUAAAGCGGCCCUGAAGCGACGUUGUGCAGUCAGAAAAGCCAAAUCAACAAUAGGGAGUCAGUUUUUCUACCUCCGCUACGAUCUUCGAAAAGAAGACGUCGCUACUGCACAUUCGCGCUCCGCAUUUUCAUCUUGCUUGCUUAUGAAACAAUAAAAACUUUGUCUUUCC